AUGAGUUCUGCUACACCCGACUACUCCAUACUCGAUACUGGCGUCCUCCUCCUUAGCUUGGGUUGUUCAGGUGUGGUCGGUCUCGUGGCGGUUGUUUUGGGAUACUGGGUGGCGAGAAACCGCGCUCGACGGCGGAAACAGAAUGACCAUGAAACGGUUAUGCGCAGCAACCGUGACUGGAGUCGGACCUCGAAUAUGUCUCCCAUUCCGGAUACACUGACGUCGUCUACGCGCACGUUGGUAGAAGAUGAAGUUUACCUCUCAGAUGCUGAAUUACGAAGGAGAAUAGAGCUCCUAGAGGCACGUGGCACUUCGGUCACUACCGAAGGGGAAACAGAUGGCCGAGACCAGCCAUCGGACAAAGAACGAUCCUGGAGUGCUGCUUCCAGGCUGAUAGCACUCCUGACGGACCUCAAGAAAAAGGUCACGCGAUCAGGCCCUGAUGUCCGCCUGGGUACUGGUACAGACCUCGAGUUGUCUACAGUCGAGAUUCGGUCAGCUCGGUCAGCUCGAUCCCAUGGCACUUCUUCAUUAUUGGAUACGAGCAGGACGCAAGAUAUUGGCAGCAUAGAGGAUGAGGCGGACUUCCUUUCUGUGUCGGACACUCGUCCCCACAGCCCGAAACCGAACGGGGCUGCAUCGCCAUGCUUCAAAUCUGGGGAGGCGCUAAGGAGUUCAGAGGACUUGGGUUCUUUCAGUUUGGUCGCGUUCAGGAGAGAUUUGCAAUUAGGAUCCGUUGGAGAAGACAGGGGAAAUACUUCUUCGCAAGGUGCUUGA